GCAAAAAUUACGACAUCCCGUCAGCCUGCCGGCUCUCGAUUUUUUUUUUUAAAUAAAUUUUUUCCUCUACAUCUUUCUUUUUCCGUCAUAUGACGAGAACUGUUGUACAAUGGUACAUUUACUGCAAGAGCAGCGGGAGAAGGCGAGGGGUGUGAAGCAAAGCGAGAGAGAAGCUUCUGGAAGCUUGGAGCUGGUUCAGUGACGUCCAUAGAACCCAGCGCUAUGUCUCAGGCGAUGCAGGUCUGAAAAAGAGCGGGUUAAUUUGGUUGCCUGUGCUGUGAAAUCGAGUGUCCUGGAGGAUUCUGGUGGAGCUUUGGUGCUGAAGUUUCUGUGGAUGGAUAGAGUUGGUGUGGGCACAAACCUGGUAAGUGUAAGGCAUUGCACAUGGGUGCAAGUAAUUUGGACCGGAUUCAUAUUCAGGCCUUGUUACAGAAGCUGGAAGCACGUUGAAUCUGAAAACUGAAUGAGAUGAUGGUGUGGGAUAGAAGCCCAAGGAGGAGAGCACACUAUUAUUGAGAUUGUUGCAACUUAAGCCAUUUAUGGCAUCAGCGAGUCUAGGUCACAAUGGAGGCGUAGGGAGUUCAAGGACAAUCAACAGGUUGAAAGCACCUAACAGUGUCGACUGGCUUGGACAGGAGAUGCUUGAGAUGAGGAUAAGGGACAACAAGCUGGACCUUGAUGAAGAGAAGGAUAUCGAGCCAGCUAUUGUUGAUGGUAUGGGUGCAGAGGCAGGCCAUAUAAUGGCUACAACCAUAGGUGGCAGAAAUGGCACUCCCAAACAGACUAUCAGUUACAUUGCAGAACACGUUGUUGGAACAGGAUCUUUUGGUGUUGUUUUUCAGGCAAAAUGCAGAGAAACAGCAGAAAUUGUUGCAAUCAAGAAGGUUCUUCAAGAUAAGCGGUACAAAAACCGUGAGCUGCAGAUAAUGCAUAUGCUAGACCAUCCAAAUAUUGUUGCUCUUAAACAUUGCUUCUUCUCUACAACAGACAAAGAAGAACUCUACCUGAAUCUUGUAUUAGAGUAUGUCCCAGAGACAGUUAAUCGCAUUGCAAGGCAUUACAACAGAAUAAAUCAAAGAAUGCCACUCUUGUAUGUGAAGCUCUAUACUUAUCAGAUUUGCAGAGCACUUGCGUACAUUCAUAAUUGUGUUGGUAUUUGCCACCGUGAUAUCAAGCCGCAAAAUCUCCUAGUGAAUCCUCACACACAUCAAUUAAAGCUUUGUGAUUUUGGCAGUGCAAAAGUACUGGUUAAAGGAGAACCAAAUAUCUCUUACAUAUGUUCUCGAUAUUAUCGAGCUCCAGAGCUUAUUUUUGGAGCUACAGAAUACACAACUGCCAUAGAUAUGUGGUCAACAGGUUGUGUGAUGGCUGAGCUGCUGCUUGGACAGCCUUUAUUUCCAGGAGAAAGUGGUGUAGACCAGCUUGUUGAGAUCAUCAAGGUUUUGGGGACACCUACCAGGGAGGAGAUAAAAUGCAUGAAUCCGAACUAUACAGAAUUCAAAUUUCCACAGAUAAAGGCUCAUCCUUGGCACAAGGUGUUCCAAAAACGUUUACCUCCGGAAGCAGUGGAUUUGGUAUGCAGGCUGUUGCAAUAUUCACCUAAUCUUCGCUGCACUGCUUUGGAAGCUUGCAUCCACCCUUUCUUUGAUGAGCUGAGAGAUCCUAACACUCGGCUACCUAACGGUCGGCCUCUUCCACCAUUAUUUAAUUUCAAACCCCAAGAAUUGACUGGUGUACCUCCGGAUACUUUUGAGCGACUCAUUCCUGAACAUGCACGGAAACAGAAUUUAUUUAUGGCUCUACAUACAUAAUUUCAAGGGUAGUGGUCCAAAUGUAUCCUUGCAACUUAUCAAGAGUUAAAGGUGGGAUGAAAUUGGAAGAACUCAUUUGGAAGUGGUCUUGGAUAUCUUGAGUGUUGUGAGUUAUAGUUCCUGCAUCGCAUCUCUUCAUAUCUUCACCCAAUGGAUUAUCAUGUACCAUCAUAGCAGCUGGUUUUGAGGUUGUGCUAGUCUUGGAUUUGUAAAAUUCUCUCUUCCAAAAGCUUUCUGGAGGAUAUAUUUCUCUCUUCUAAAAGAUUUUCUGGAGAAUUUACUUUCCCCUAUAGUAUGCGUGUGAAGGUAUACAGGACAAUGGCUUAUUAGUACGUCAUCGAUAUCCUAUGUCAUUCAUACAGGGAUUGAUAUCCCUUAAAUGUUUGAUGUUUUGAUUUCUAACUUUCAUAAAUGUAUUUGCUUGUAAUAUGUUUAAAAGUCACUUUGUUGUCUA